UUUCCACAUAAUUCGGAUCGAGAAUCACUAGAGAUAAUGGCAGGCCUUUUGGCGAGUUUGCUGCUAAUGCAGAUGCUGAUGCUGCAGUGGCUCGGAUCGGCACUGAGUCAGCCAUUUCCCAACUACCAUGCGGAUUUCGUGGAAAUCGAUCAGCAGAAGAAUGAGCUCAAGUGGUGGCAAACUGGCGCCUUCUAUCAGAUUUAUCCAAGGUCAUUUAAGGACAGCAACGGCGAUGGCGUGGGCGAUUUAAACGGCAUUACGGAUAAACUGGAUUAUCUCAAGGAACUGGGCAUUACAGCCACUUGGCUAUCGCCGAUAUUCACCUCACCCAUGGCAGACUUUGGCUAUGAUAUUGCCAACUUCACCGAGAUUGCAUCCAUCUUUGGCACCAUGGCUGACCUCGAGAGACUCUUGGCAGUCGCCAAGCAGCUGAAUAUUAAGAUCAUAUUAGAUUUUGUGCCAAAUCAUUCGAGUGAUGAAUGUGAUUGGUUCAAGCGAUCGGCGGCUGGGGAUCCGGAGUACAAGGACUUCUAUGUGUGGCAUCCCGGGAAAAUGGUGAAUGGAUCACGUCAUCCGCCAAGCAACUGGGUGAGCGUGUUCCGAGGAUCCGCCUGGCAGUGGCACGAGACACGACAGGAGUAUUAUCUCCAUCAGUUUGUCAAAAAGCAGCCCGAUCUGAACUAUCGCAAUCCCAAAGUGCGAGAGGCCAUGAAGAAUGUGCUACGCUUUUGGUUGGCAAAGGGCGUGUUCGGUUUUCGCAUCGACGCGGUGCCACAUGUCUUCGAGAUAGCGCCCGAUAAUGAGGGUCAGUACCGCGACGAACCGCGCAAUGACUGGAACAAUGAUCCCGAUGACUAUGGUUAUCUGCAGCACAUCUAUACGGUCGAUCAGCCGGAGACAAUAAGUCUUGUUUACGAGUGGCGUGCGGUUCUGGAUGAGUUUCGGGACGAUGAGGAGCGCAUCUUGCUGGCCGAGACCUAUUCACCCAUCGAUAUCGUGAUGCAGUACUAUGGCAAUGCCACAGCCGAGGGAGCUCAGCUGCCAUUCAACUUUCUGCUGAUAAGCGAGAUAUCAAACAGUUCCAAUGCGGACAAUUACGUUCAGAGUAUACAAAAGUGGAUGCAGCACAUGCCGAAAGGUCGCACAGCCAAUUGGGUGUUGGGCAACCACGACAAUCGCCGUGUAGGCUCUCGACUGGGUAAAGAUCGAGUGGAUAUGCUAAACAUGCUGAUUACCACAUUACCAGGUGCCAGUGUGACCUAUCAGGGCGAGGAGCUGGGCAUGUCAGAUGUCUGGAUCUCAUGGCAAGACACGGUUGAUCCUGCGGCCUGUAAUUCCAAUUCCAGUAUCUACGAACACUUCUCACGCGAUCCAGAAAGAACGCCUUUCCAGUGGAACGGCGAUACCGAUGCGGGAUUCAGCAAUGCCAGCAAAACUUGGUUGCCCAUUGCCGAGGACUUCAAGCUGGUCAAUGUGGACCAGGAACAAAAAGAAUCACUCAGUCAUCUGAACAUCUAUAAACGGCUUAUGCAGCUGAGAAGAGAAUCAAAGACACUGCAACAUGGUGAGACUGAGGUGAAGGCUGUUAGUGAUGCUGUGCUGGGAGUUAAACGCUUCCGUCAGCAUGACUUUACCUAUCUGACAAUAUUGAGCCUCUUUGAUGGCACUGAGACUGUCAAUUUAAAGGAGAGCUUCGACGAUUUGACGGCUGAAAUGCAGGUGGUUUUGGUAUCGGACAAAUCUCAGCGGAAAGUGGGGGAUUACAUCAAUGUCAAGUCUUUGCAAUUGCUUCCUAAGGAGUCGCUGAUUCUAAGAAGCACUUCUACCUAUUACAACUACUAUACAAAUGGUGAACAUCGUCAGUUGUCGAUAGAGGGCGUUUAUCUGUUGCUGGCUCAAGUGGUGCUCUAUCUUACUUAUCGUCGUUAGACAAUAUUAUUAUACAUAGUCACAUGAAUAUACGAGUACCCAUUACAAAAUAAAUGUAGACAUACAAACUCUUAAA